AUGGCCGACCGGUACAUUCCCGAGCAUCGGCGCACGCAGUUCAAGGCGAAGAGCACCUUCAAGCCCGAGGAGCUCCGUCGUCGCCACGAGGAAGCGCAGGUUGAGAUUCGCAAGGCGAAGCGCGAGGAGAACUUGGCCAAGCGCCGCGGUAUUGGCACUGGCGAUGACCGUCCGGGUGCUUCUCUCGGCGCUGCGCCAGAUAGCGACGAUGAGAACCCCCCGAGCGAGUCACAGUUGAACGAGGACCUCCCCCAGAUGGUCGCUGGCGUGUUUUCGGAACAGAUUGACCAGCAAAUCCAAGCCACUACGAAAUUCAGGAAGCUCCUCAGCAAGGAGCGCAAUCCGCCCAUCGAAGAGGUUAUCAAGACCGGCGUCGUUAGCCGUUUCGUCGAGUUCCUGCGCUCUCCCCACACUCUUGUCCAGUUCGAGGCCGCCUGGGCCCUGACCAACAUUGCCUCGGGCUCCGCCACCCAAACCCAGGUGGUCAUCGAAGCCGGCGCCGUGCCCAUCUUUGUCGAGCUGCUCAACAGCCCCGAGCCCGAUGUCCGCGAGCAGGCCGUGUGGGCUCUCGGUAACAUUGCCGGCGACAGCCCGCAGUGCCGCGACUAUGUCCUGAGCCAGGGCGCCCUGCGUCCCCUGCUCAACCUCCUCGGCGACAGCCGCAAGCUCAGCAUGCUGCGCAACGCCACCUGGACUCUUAGCAACUUCUGCCGUGGCAAGACGCCGCAACCCGACUGGCAUGCGAUUCAGCCCGCUCUCCCCAUUCUCGCUAAGCUCGUAUAUUCUUUGGAUGACGAGGUGCUGAUCGAUGCCUGCUGGGCCAUCUCCUAUCUCUCGGACGGCUCCAACGACAAGAUCCAGGCGGUUAUCGAGGCCGGCAUCCCCCGCCGACUCGUCGAGCUGCUGAUGCACGCGUCGACGUCGGUGCAAACCCCCGCUCUGCGCUCGGUCGGCAACAUCGUCACGGGCGACGAUGUGCAGACGCAGGUCAUCAUUAAUUGUGGCGCGCUGCCGUGCCUGCUCUCGCUGCUGAGUAGCAACAAGGACGGAAUCCGCAAGGAGGCCUGCUGGACCAUCUCCAACGUCACGGCCGGCAACUCGGCGCAGAUCCAGUCGGUCAUCGAUGCGAACAUCAUCCCGCCGCUCAUCCACCUCCUUACGCACGGCGAUCUGAAGACGCGCAAGGAGGCCUGCUGGGCGAUCAGCAACGCGACCUCGGGUGGCCUGCAGAAGCCGGAGCAAAUCCGGUACCUGGUCAACCAGGGCUGCAUCAAGCCGCUGUGCGAUCUCCUGGCGUGCCCCGACAACAAGAUCAUCCAGGUCGCGCUGGACGGCCUCGAGAACAUCCUCAAGAUCGGCGACCUGGACAGGCAAGCCGCGGGCGAGACCGACUCGAUCAACCGUUAUGCGCUGUUCAUCGAGGAGUGCGGCGGCAUGGAGAAGAUCCACGACUGCCAGACCAACGCCAACGAGGAGAUCUACAUGAAGGCGUACAACAUCAUCGAGAAGUACUUCUCGGACGAGGAGGAGAACGCGGACGACGCGAUGGGCCAGGCCCAGCAGUUCGGCCUUGGCGGUGCGGCCAACGGCACCCAGCAGCAGGGCGGCUUCGACUUUGGCGCCAACGGCGCCGAGUCGAUGGAUAUGUAA